GGGUAUACAGCCCCAGUCUAGCUAGAGAGACUGGCUGCUGCAGCACGGAGUGAGUGAUGUCGGAGUGUUCAAAAUAGGACAAGAUGCCUUCAACCGGGAUUUUGUUGUUUUGAAGAAAUCCUCAUGCAGCUAGCUGGUAAGCUGUUGUGGUUGUUAGCUUACCAUCUAGCUACCAAGUCUUCUUCAGUUUGAUUACGAUUUAUAUGAUUAGCCAGAGUGAAGUGGAUCGUUAGGGUUAGCUACUGUGGUACAAUUAACUGUUGUUGACAAGCUGAAGCUAGGUAACGUAGUAUAAUAACGCUAGUAACCUAACUAUCCUUCUGUGCUUGGAAGACGUACUGUACUAGUUGUCAAGAAGUUGAUCAAGAUUCAGAAGAUGCUCGAAUCAAUUAAAGUCACUGAAAGGCUCCGCUGGCCGGAGAUGGAGCAGUCUAGGAAGUACCUUCUGAGCUCGACGGUGCCGGUUGAGAUGGGUCUCGCUAAGAGGUUCCGGAGCCCCACAGUGCGCGACAAGCGGCCUGUGAGCCCCACUCAGGUGUGCUUGGAGAAGCUGUCCUCCAGCGUCCUCAAGGAUCUUUUUACCACAGGAACCAGCAGCUACAAUGUGCUCCUUCAGGCUGAGGAGGAGGAGAGACUAAACCCAAAGCACUCUCCAUACCGCAGCCCCAAGAAGACUGGGAUAUGUGCCUCUUCCAUUACCAGGUCACACAACAAUUACCGCUGUCCGUCUGUGACUCCUCAGUUAAUGAUUGGCCACGAAGGGAGUGGAGACACCAGGCACGCCUCCCACCGUCAUGCGUUUUCCUCUGCCCCAGGCAGCUUCCCCAGUGGACCCAAGCCAGCCCAUGGGAUCACGGUCCUGGGCAGUACCAUGGGCCUGUCCCCCCGCCCUGACACCCGGCCCCAGAAGGCAUGCUUCUCCAGCUCACUGCGAACCAAGCUGCCUGCGCUGCACAGGGGAGUGAUGCGGGAAAGAGAGAACGCCUUGGUCAAGAAGCUCUGCGUCCUCACGGCCAUCAAGCCGUCCAAUGUGGAGAAGGAGAAGUUUAAGUUCUUCAAGUCGGACUUCAGCUACAAUCCCCAGUUUGAGUACAGCAACCCUGUCUCUCCAAUAGUGCUGGCUCGCCACAACAAUGCCUCUGACCGCUUCCUGACACAGGCAGUGCAUAUCAUGGAGUUGGCCCUGCAGAAGUAUGGGAACUACGAGAGGUUUGAACAGGUCACAGGGGGCCAUCUGCUCACCAAGAGCCGGAUCUGGUACCUGGUCAAGAAGUACAUGGAGAAGGAGGGCUGUUUGGGGGAGAUAGUGGUCCAUGUUACAGACGACCUCCUCUCCAGAGCGUCCAUGACGGUGGUGAACAGCCGGCCCACUCUGACCAUCAAUAUUGCAACGGCCCGGGAGUACUGGCUGGAGGGAAUGCUACGACAUGAGAUCGGCACACACUACUUCCGGGGCAUAAACAACAGCCAGCAGCCGUGGAACAGCGGUUUGGGCAGGAGGAAGCACAACCUUCGACCCUUGAACCCUACGGAGGAGGGCCUGGCCAGCAUCCACUCUGUCCUGUUCCGUAAAGACCCCACCCUGUGGCGGGCCGCCCUGCUCUACUACACUGUGUACCAGGCCGGCCGCAUGUCCUUCUCCCAACUGUUCCACAACCUGGGACGCUUUGUCCAGGACCCCAACACACGCUGGGACUACUGUGUACGAGCCAAGAGGGGACAGACCAACACCGCGCAGCCGGGUUGUUUCAGUAAAGAUCAGGUGUACCUGGAUGGAAUCCUAAAGAUCCUGAGACACAGAGACAAGAUUGACUUCCAGCUGCUCAUGGCCCUGGGGAAGGUGUCGUACGAGGAUGUGAAUCGGUUAAAAGACCUGGCAGUGAUGGAGCACGUGUGGAUCCCCCACUUCCUGCAGGACAAGGCGUGCUACGCUGAGCAGCUGGAGAAGAUCAUGGAGGUCAAUCAGCUGACUGACGAGGAGCUCAGGUUGCUCAUCUGAGACACUAAUGAGUAGAAGAUGGCCUUUACACUCCCUCACUCCAACACAUAUUUUAUAGGUUAACAACCAGACCAAGGUCCAUUUGGGCUCGAAACGUUAGUCUGUAGAACACUGGUAUAAAGCUUGUUAUAAGCUAGUUAUAAAAGUAUGUGUUGGUGUGAAUAGUUGCAUAGGUCUUACUUUAAUAAUGCAGUAUUUUCAUUAGCCCAAUACCCAUGAGAAAAUAAUAAUUAUCCUCUACUGAGCAUGCCCAGAAAGAGGUGGACCAUGACCACUCCGGCACGACACCCCUGUACCGAGCACCUGAGCUAUAGAAACCUUCAGUGACUUUAUCCAACACCUGACAACCGUUACCGUCAUCCCUAACUGGUAAAAGGGCAUACGAUGUCAUAAUGGCAAUUUCCUGAUUGCUAACUGGUUUUCCACCACGCGUCGCUAGCUGCGUGACGUCACGUGACAUGCUGUGUUGUGAGUAGAGUUUCUCCCUUCGACUUAUAAUCUCUCUCUUGCACCUCAAAUCUAAGUGUACUUAUGCUUUCCAACGACCAAAGGGUUCCUAAUAGUAGUCUCUCAUGGAGAUCCACCAUACCAGUUUUACUUCUGUUGUUCUAGUUGAUGUGCAGGGAAUAACCCAUGAAACAAAGAGGGUGAGUUGGUCAGGAUGGGCCUGCAGUGGGAGAUAUCCAGGAGAGAGCGAUCUGUGGCCCCUGUUAGCACAACACUGAGUCACUGUGUGCCGUGUCACAGUAGAAAUGACCCUGGGAGGCGGCGGACAGCAGCAUAAUGCUGAGCUAAUAGGAUUGAUAGAGGAUCGUAUGUGUGGCCCGUCGAGGUCCUGCCAGAGGUGUCCUUGGUUCAGCAGCAGCGUCAGUCCCCCACUGUCUUAAAAAUGUGCACUUUUCGAUCCAACUGUUAACCUUUGAACCGUUUUUGGUUUCUGGUCGGUUUCCUUAGAGAUAACCUUAUAAACGUACGCAGGUGCAUUAUUUGUCCUGCAUUUUAACACAAACCAAUAGGCCUGGUGUUUUUUAAAGCCUCCCUGUAACAGUAUGGGCAUUGUGUUUAUUUGGUCAAGUAUAGUUGAUGUUCCUACUUUUGGUAUGGCACUUUAUGAUGAGCCCUGGUGUUUCUAUGUAAUGUUUAGUGAUGUGUUGUACCUCUACACUGUAUGUGUAAAUUCCCUCUGAUGUUCACUGAAGCCAUUGGAAUCCAUAAUAAACUGGGUCCAUUGCCUUGGA